UCUGUUUGCAAAUGAACCUUUAUAUCAGAAGCUGUAUUUAUGCUGCGCACGGUAAUAGACAACGAGCAUUAAGAGUGGAAACAUCAAAUACAGAAUAUAUAUCCGCUUAGGUGCAAAUAUAUCUUUGAGAAAUAUUUACAUGGAAUCUCUAAUAUUAUUAUUAAUCUAUAUUUCGUUCUGCGCCGCUGUUCUGCUGCCCGGAACGUUUGAUACCGAUAAUGAUCAAUCUUUAAACAUGGACAUGCAAGAUUGCUCGGAUAUUUCCUCUUAUAAUGAUUUAUUAAUUUAUAAUUCACGUCCAAUUAGAUAUACCAUACAGUUCAAAAUAUAUCCGAAUUUUAAUAGAGCUUACGGUAAAACUACUAUUACGAUCAUUACUGAAAAUCCAACUAAAGACAUAAGUUUGUACGCUUCUGGAUUGAAUAUUGAAAGUCAGAUAAGUCUAACGGCUGCGAAUAGCUCAGUUAAAAACUACGCAUUCACUGGAUACCGUUAUUGCAAACAAUCGCAGAUUUUGGAUUUACGGUUUGAUAAAAUUAUAGCUGCCGGAGUUUAUAACUUAACAAUCUACUCCAACACUGCUUAUUCUUCUCGGAGAGGCAUAGUUAAAUACGAGUACAAGAAAGGUGGAACAAAUCUUGAGACAAGGUUAAUCAUCACUCAAAGUAACAUGGCUCGGAGAGUGUUUCCAUGUUGGGACGAGCUUGGAUUAAGGGCAAUUUUCAACAUAUCUGUAAAACAUCUCAAGAAAUUUAGAACCUUUUCAAAUAUGCCCACAAUAUCCACAGGAAACUGCGAUUCGAAUUCAUGCUGGACAUAUUUUAAUGAUACGCCUUUGAUGUCUCCUUCCAACGUAUUUAUUGCUCUGCUUGAAGACAACGUCAGACUUACAAUGAGUAAAAUAUCUGAGACUGACUUUAUUUGGCACAUGUCGCAAAAGGAGAUGCUACAAGAUGCAAUGAGAACAAUCCCAGAUGUCAAUUCAUAUUUGACGUCCAUUACGAAUUUAACCGAUGUAUUAUCGAAAAGGGAUCACAUAUUCUUUCCAAAUAAUACAAUAAACUCAAUGGGAUGUUUUGGUCUUAUGAUAUACAGUGAAAAGGAUAUUCUAUAUGAUGAAAAUUUUAAUUUUCCUGGCCGCAAGGUUCACAUCGGCGAAGUAAUUUCGCAACAAAUGACACGUCAGCCGUUUAUAGCAGUGAUUACUCAGGCUUGGUGGGAGGACCUGUGGUUAGGCGAAUCACUAUCGAAACUUUACGGUUAUUAUAUCAUAGACAAGAUUUUCAACGGUUCACAAUUAAUGGAUCUCUAUACAAUCCAAAUUCUUCAGUCAACUUUUCACUAUGAAACCAACUGUCGGAUGAGAGCUCUUUCCGAAUACUAUGAACGAGCAGCGGAUGAGAUUGAUGUUGUCCUCUGUUCUCGUUGGUAUUAUAAUAAAGGUUUUACUCUUUUACGUAUGAUAGAGCAUAUGAUCACACGGGAUAAAUUCCAACUAGCUGUUAAAAAAUAUUUGGACAAAUUUAAGUUUUAUACAGCCACUCCUUACAAUUUCUGGAUUGCCUUACAACGUGUGCUUGAUGACAGAGCUAAUCAAAAGAUUAAAAUUAUCGAAAUUAUGGAUACGUGGUUAAGUCAAAAAUACUAUCCUAUUAUACAAGUCAUUCACGAUCGUAAAGAUAACACAGUGCAAUUAAAUAUUACUGAUAACGUUGACAUGAGAAAAUCCACAUGGAUGAUACCAAUAACUUACAAUUCAUAUAAUUCAUCGUUUUACGAGAUAUUUGGAUGCGAUAUUAAGAUAACUAGUUCCGAAAUUGCAGUUACUAAAGUGGCGGAGAAUAUUGAUUUUAUUAUACUUAAUAUAGAACAAAAUGGAUACUUUCGCGUAAAUUACGAUAAAGAAAGUUGGUUUCGAAUCGCAAAAUUCUUGCACUCUGAUGCAUAUCAUAGAAUACAUGUCCUCAAUCGCGCGCAAUUGAUUGAUGAUGCGUAUUAUUUUAUGACACAAGGCUACGUAUCACCGUCUACAUUUUGGAAAAUUGCAAGCUACCUAGAGCGCGAUGUAAAUUACAUAGCCUGGUAUCCAAUGUUUAAUAUUCUAUCGUUCAUGUGGCCUAUUUGGAAUUAUCCGGAAGCGGAACAUAUCAAGGAAAACGUACGUCUAAUAUUGGACGGCUUACUUCAAAAUUUGGGAUACGAAGAAAAGGACAAGAAUGAGGACAAUAUGUGUAAGACAUUGAGAUUAUUAGCAACAAGAUGGGGUUGUAAAUUAGGGCUUAGAAAGUGUCAAAUAACUGCUACGACAAAAUUGUCUGGCUAUUUAUUCGAUCCUGAUAAAAACAAGUUUUCACCAUGGUGGAAGGAUUGGGUAUAUUGUGCCGGCAUGAUGUUAGCCAAUGAAUCUGUAUCGCAAAUGCUGUUUAAAAAAUACAAAAAUAUCACAGAUAUAGAUAUUUUGAAAUAUUUGUUUUGCUCAGAUGAUGCACAAAUUAUCGUGAAGUAUAUUAAUGAAAUGUUGUUUCUCGAAUUUGCAAAUAGAUUAUUGUACAACGAUAUAAAUGAACUUUAUCGUAUUAUUAUAAAGAAACACAUAAGGAAGAAUGAUGUUUUGGAAUUUAUUACAAAAAGUUAUUUGGCUUUAAUGACAUGGUGA